AUGGAGCCAGCUAAGCUGAUUGCCGAAACGUUCGAAAACGGUUGCCACAACGAGUUCACCACCUUUGGCUUCCGCUUCAGCCAAUGGGAAGAGAAGGCCCGUCAAGUCUUGUCGGCCAACUCCUAUGGUUACGUCAAGGGCUCCGCUGGUGACGGCUACACGGACAACCAGGAGUGCCAGGACUUUAAGAAGUGGCAAUUUGUGCCUCGUCGCCUUGUCCCAGUGUCCCAGUGUGACGUUGUGCCGAAGUACAAGGUCCUCGGACAGAACGUGCCCUCCCCUAUCGCUGUCGCGCCAAUUGGUGUGAACACCAUCUUCCAUCGCGAGGGUGAGUGUGGCAUGUCCGCAGCGGCGAAGGAGGCCGGCGUGACGUACAUCAUGAGCUCGGCUAGCUCGACGAGCUUGGAAGAUGUGGCCAAGGCGAACGGCGACGGACACCGUUUCUUCCAGCUCUACUGGCCACCAAAUGAGUCCAACGACGUCACAGCUAGCAUCCUGCGCCGAGCAAAGCAGGCCGGCUUCACUGCGCUUGUGGUGACGCUUGACACAUACACUCUGGGUUACCGCCCAUCAGACUUGAACCAUGGCUUCAACCCAUUCCUGCUCCCAGAAAUAACCGGAUGUGGUCUCGGUCUGAGCGACCCAGUCUUCCAGGAGAAGUUCAAGCAAAAGAACGGCAAGACCGUGAUGGAGGACCUCGCGACGUCGGCCCCUGAAUGGGCGUCCCAGAUGUUCUGCGGUGCUGGUCACUCUUGGGACGACCUCAAGUACCUGCGCGAGUACUGGGACGGACCCAUCGUGCUCAAGGGUAUCAUGGACGUGGAAGAUGCCAAGCUUGCUGUCAAGCACGGCAUGGAUGGUAUUGUCGUCUCGUCGCAUGGUGGUCGCCAGGUGAACGACUCGGUGUCUUCGAUCGAAGUGCUGCCAGAGAUUGUCGACGCCGUCGGCGACAAGCUGGACGUCCUGUUUGACUCUGGUGUUCGUUCGGGUACGGACAUUGCCAAGGCGCUUGCCUUGGGUGCCAAGAUGGUGCUUAUCGGACGCCCAUGUGUGUAUGGUCUGGCAAUGGGUGGCCAGAAGGGCGCGCACCAUGUACUCCGCUGUCUCCUUGCUGAGUUGGAGCUCUCUAUGCGGCUUUCCGGUGUGUCUUCGAUUGAGAAGGAGGAGCUGAACCGCUCACGCCUUCGUUUGAUCAAGUAG